GGCAGCGCCAGCAUUGGGCAGCAGCUCAGGUUCCUUCUCAUUAGACUCUCAGAGCAAAGCAGAUUAAAGAUUUGGGAAUUAGCCGCUGAGGUUGCUUUAGGCAGAUUAAACAAAAGGUGGUGCUGAGCCUGGUGAGGGGGGGGGGGGUCCAACCCAAAGAAGUUGAGGGGCAGCAGACGAGAGACAGGGAUGCAGAGAAGGGAAUAGGGAGAGGGAAUAUACAGUAUAUAGAAUAUAGGGAGAGCGGAGGGCAGCAGGGUGCCUUCCCAGGGUGUCCCAUCUCAUUAAAGAGCCAUCGACUGGGAUCCGGCCGGAUAGCACUUGGGGAUUUCAAUGUCUAGGGAAGAGUUGGAGGAACCUUCCCGGGGAGAAGAUGGGGAGUGACCGCUGGAAGAAUAUCGGAGGGGCCCCCCAAAUGGAGGACUCAGUGCAAGACAAAUCCCAGAGGAAAGGCUGUGGCUACAUACUGUGCACCGUGCUACUGUCCGUGGCCGUCCUAUUGGCUGUUACAGUCACCGGCGCAGUCCUGUUCAUGAACCACUACCACGCCCCGUCCACGGAGCCACCGCCGGUCAUCACCACCAACAUGGAAGAUCCCAACGCUCUGGUGACCAUCGAGAGGGCAGACAGUUCCCACAUCAACAUCUUCAUCGACCCCAACUGCCCCGAUCCGUUCCCUCGGCUAGAGGGGCUGCAGUCCGCCCUGCUCUCAGCACUGGCCGAUCACGACUCGGAGCAAAAGGUGGCCGGGGGGAAGGAGCGGGCAUUGCUGACUAGUCUGUCGGACCAAGUGGCCCAGAUGGUGUCUCAGGUGGCCCGGCAGCGAGCGGACUGGGAGAACGUGAAGAAAGUGCAAAAUGGGCUUGGGGCAGAGAUUGGAGCCCUGAAAAAUGAGCAAGGGAGACUUAUAAAGCUGCUGUCGGAGGGUCAGAGCCACGUGGCCCAGUUGGGCAGCUCGGUGAGCGAAGUCCUGGAGACGGUACAGAGAGAGUUGGGCUCAGGGCGACCCCGAGUGAAGGCCGAUCUCCAGAGGGCUCCAUCCAGAAGCUCUCGGCCUAGAGGUUGCGCCAACGGUUCCAAGCCUCGGGACUGCUACGACAUCUACAUGAGUGGGCAGCAGGAGGAUGGGGUCUAUUCUGUGUUCCCUAUCCACUACCCAUCGGGCUUCCAAGUCUUCUGCGACAUGACUACCGACGGAGGGGGCUGGACGGUAUUUCAGAGGAGAGAGGACGGCUCUGUGAAUUUUUUCCAGGGAUGGGAGCAGUAUCGGGACGGCUUUGGGAAGCUGACGGGGGAACACUGGCUGGGCCUACAGAGGAUCCAUCUCCUCACCAUGCAGACGCACUAUCAGCUCCGUAUCGACCUGGAAGACUUUGAGAACGCUACGGCCUAUGCUCUGUACAACACCUUUGGCGUUGGAUUGUUCUCCGUCAACCCUGAGGAAGACGGGUACCCUAUCACCAUAUCGGACUACACCGGCACAGCAGGAGAUUCCCUGGGGAAGCACAGUGGUAUGAAGUUCACCACUAAGGAUAUGGACAAUGACCACUCGGAGAACAACUGCGCCAGCUUCUAUCACGGUGCUUGGUGGUACCGCAACUGCCACACCUCCAACCUAAAUGGCCAAUACCUGCGUGGCCAUCAUGCCUCCUACGCCGACGGCAUCGAGUGGUCCAGCUGGACAGGUUGGCAGUACUCCCUGAAGUUCACCGAGAUGAAAAUUCGACCUCAGCGGGAAGAGAACUAAUUUCUUCCUACUGUUCUGCACAGGAGAAAUGUUGGACAGUUGCCCAAUAACGUGACUGGAGCCAACCAGGGUGUGCCAUCUAAGCACCCAACAUCUUGGAACUGUAAAGUUACUGCCUGUUUUUUUCCCCCUUCCCUUUUACUGCCAGGGCUUUGUUGAAGGAAGCGCCUUCACCCAGACUAAAGGAAGGUACAAGAGAGAACACUGGGUAGGUCGGGGGAAUUUAACGUUUCAAUGGUUCACCAGAUGGACAAAUGACUGUUGUUGUGCCCUGUGGGCCAUGAUUGGCUGGCAUUUGUUUUGGUAAGAUCACAUUAACCGGAUAUUGACCCCCACAGUGUCAGUGAGACAUCCCUGUGCACAUACCUUCCAUGGCGUAACCCCUUUUGUCUCUGAUGGUGCCCUGCUGUAGGUGUCCAGCUUCACCCAAGAGAAGAUGGAACUUGCCAGCACCUGUGACGUUAACAUCUUCUCCGGCUUCUGCUGCACCUCUGGGUUUUGAUUGGGUGCUCCCUACAUGUGGUCUAUGUUUUGGGUUGUUCCAGUUGUUCAGACAAUUUAAUUCCCCCCUUUUCUGAUGGAAGCGCUUCUGGUACCUUCUGGUCUUCAGAACCUUCAAGAAAGCACAUUCUCUCUCUGGCGUUUUCCCGGAGCUUGCAGUAUGGCAAUGCAUUAUGGACCUGGUCAUCAUAAAGAGAAAGGCCUUGGAUAAGGGAUGGUAGAGCUGCACCGGACAUUGGGGUGACCAACUGGCCAAUCGAGGGCUCGGGGUGGUUCUCUGGAGCACACAUGCGAUGCUUUUAUUUCUUCUAUAGUCUCCAGUCUUACAGUCCAGUAUUCUGACAUUUACUGUCCAAUGAAAACGUCCGUGAACUCUUUCCUCUUCUUAUGGGUGGAGGGGUUUGUCUGGUCGGCAGUUGGACUUUGGGGGGGAACCGAGUUUGAGCCUAUGACACCAUUAAAGGAAAAGCAUCACCAAAAAAAAAA